GUGCCAUCCUCUGGGUAGUUCAGCACCCACUGAGGAAGUCAGGACCUGGCAUCUUGGGAGCAGUGAAGUCUCUGGAACAGGAAGUUAGCUUUAGCACUCCACCCCUGGGGCAGCCAGGCCAGCCAGAAGGGACACCCUCGGGAGAAUCUUCCCACUGCCUUCUGCCAAGGAGGGCCUUUGCAAACCUUGGCCGGCCAGGAGCAGGUACCUUUAAAUGCUUCCCUGGCAACCAGCUCCUCCUCCCCGGUCCCCCGAGGCCCUCCAGAGGAAGCCAGCUUAGAGGCUCUGCGUAUUCCUGGUUUCCCUGCAGAGGGAAGAUUCCAGGGAGAGCCUAGGGCAGCCUGGGAUGGAUACGGGGUCAGGCAGUGGCCAGGGCGGUGACUCGGAGACGACCUUCCAGCUGUGGCUACAGCUGCUCCUCUGGGCCCACCUGACUGUCCGUUUCCUGGGCUACCUGCACCACGCCUUCUGGGCACCUGAGGCGCGGCCAGCACCCUGAGCCCCCCUGGCCAGGGGCAGAUGGGUCCCAGCCCACUCUAUCCCUCUCCACCCCUCCCAUUGCACGAAGCAGAGGUGAGUAUGGGGACUCCAGUGAAAGAGUUCUUAGCCAAAGCCAAAGAAGAUUUUCUUAAAAAAUGGGAAAAUCCUGCUCAGAAUACAGCCCAUUUGGAUCAGUUUGAACGAAUCAAGACCCUCGGCACGGGCUCCUUUGGGCGGGUGAUGCUGGUAAAGCACAAGGAGACCGGGAACCACUUUGCCAUGAAGAUCCUCGACAAACAGAAGGUGGUGAAGCUGAAACAGAUUGAGCACACCCUGAACGAAAAGCGCAUCCUGCAAGCGGUCAACUUUCCGUUCCUCGUCAAACUCGAGUUCUCCUUCAAGGACAACUCGAACUUAUACAUGGUCAUGGAGUACGUGCCUGGCGGGGAGAUGUUCUCACACCUGCGGCGGAUUGGAAGGUUCAGUGAACCUCACGCGCGCUUUUAUGCGGCCCAGAUCGUCCUGACCUUCGAGUACCUGCACUCACUUGACCUCAUCUACCGGGACCUGAAGCCGGAGAACCUCCUCAUUGACCAGCAGGGCUACAUUCAGGUGACAGACUUCGGUUUUGCCAAGCGUGUAAAAGGCCGCACCUGGACCUUAUGCGGGACCCCUGAGUACCUGGCCCCGGAGAUCAUCCUGAGCAAAGGCUACAACAAGGCCGUGGACUGGUGGGCCCUAGGGGUUCUCAUCUACGAGAUGGCCGCUGGCUACCCGCCUUUCUUCGCUGACCAGCCCAUCCAGAUCUAUGAGAAGAUUGUCUCUGGGAAGGUGCGGUUCCCAUCCCACUUCAGCUCCGACCUGAAGGAUCUGCUGCGGAACCUACUGCAGGUGGACCUCACCAAACGCUUUGGGAACCUCAAGAAUGGAGUCAACGAUAUCAAGAACCACAAAUGGUUUGCCACAACUGACUGGAUCGCCAUCUACCAGAGGAAGGUGGAAGCUCCCUUCAUACCAAAGUUUAAAGGCCCUGGGGACACGAGUAAUUUCGACGACUAUGAGGAGGAAGAGAUCCGAGUCUCCAUCAAUGAGAAGUGUGGCAAGGAGUUUACUGAGUUUUAGGGGUGUGCCUAUGCCCCCAUGGGUUUUCUUUCUUUCUUUCUUCUUUCUUUCUUUCUUUUU